UGGUGCUUCCAAUCCGCGUCUGCCUGCCGAGGAGGAGGAAGAGGAGAAGGAGGAAUACCGUCGCCCUUUGGAGACCAGGUCCUCCGCGGCGCCGCGUCUCGCCAGAAUAACCCUUGAGUUCUUCCAGGGAAGGAAGGCGGCGGCGGCGGCGGCAGCGCGCAGGAGGAGCGGCUCGUCUUCUUCUCGUUCUUAGCAGCUUUCUGUCCUGAAGAAGGGAGGCAUGUUUGGCUGGGGACUCCCCGGUGCUGUACUGGGCGGGCUGCUGGGAUCCUGGCUCCUUUUGGCAGGAUCUAGUUCAGGGUCCAAAUGGAAAGGUCCAAAAUUAAACAUUACAGGAACACAACAUGUAAUACAAGAAGGAGAUACUUUAAGUAUCAUGUGCAGUGGGGAAGUGGCCCAUUCAUGGUCUAUGCCUGAAAGUCUAAGUAAGGAUACCAGUCGGCUGAAUAUAAUUACCUAUAAUUGUGGAAGGAAUGGCAAACAGUUCUGCAGCAAUCUGACCUUGAACAGAGCUCAAGCAAGUGACACGGGAUAUUAUAGCUGCAAAUAUCCAUUCUCAAGUGCUGUGCGAAAGAAGACAGUAUCUACAAUAUAUGUAUUUAUUAAUGAUACACGUAGUCCAUUUGUAAAGUUGCACAAGGACAUACCAGACACAAUACUUAUGAUUGACGGGCAAGAGCUUAUCAUCCCAUGCAGAGUUACAGCACCAGAUAUCCUGGUUAAAUUAAAAAUGAAUCAAGGAGAAAGCGUACUUCCUGAUGGGAGAACCAUUAUCUGGGAUAGCACAAGGGGCUUUAUAAUACCCAAUGCAACAUACAAAUUCAUAGGCCUUCUCAGCUGUGAAACCUAUGUUGGUGGCCUUGACUACAGUACCAAAUACCUCACAUUCAGGCAGGAUAAUGACAUCCUCAGUGUGCAUUUAAAUGCUUCAAAACCAGUCAAGUUAUUAAAAGGGCAAACCUUGGUCCUUAAUUGCACUAUCACUGCAACCUGGAACACGAGAGUGUAGAUCACAUGGAGUUAUCCCGGCGAGACAAGCAAAAGAGGCAGAAUUACUAGAAGCAUUGUACAAAGGAAUGAUGAACCCAAUCUGUUCUACAGCAUUCUUGUUGUCAAUAAAGUCCGUGACAUUGAUAAAGGACAGUACACUUGCAAUGUGAAAAGUGGCCCUACUUUGAGAUCAGUAAAUACAACUGUGUAUAUUUAUGAUAAAGCAUUCAUCGCUUUGAAACCUCGAAGAAAAACUGUGCUGGAUGUUACAUCUGGCAAGAAGUCCUAUCGACUCUCUAUGAAAGUGAAAGCAUUUCCCACACCAGAGGUUGUAUGGUUGAAAGAUGGAUUACCUGCUGCUGAAAGGUGUGCCCGGUAUAAAACAAAAGGUUAUUCACUAAUCAUAAAACAUGUUUCUGAAGAAGAUGCUGGGAAUUACACCAUACUUUUGACCACUCAACAGUGGAGCUUGCAUAAAAACUUAACAGUCACACUCAGAAUAAAUGUAAAGCCUCAGAUUUAUGAAAAAAUAUCAUCAAUUCCUGGUCCUAAUCUCUUUCAACGGGGAAGUGAGCAAAUUCUGACUUGCAUUGUUUAUGGGAUUCCCCAACCUACAAUCAAGUGGGCUUGGCACCCCUGUCAGCAGAAUCAGUCUACAAUAAGGUAUGAUUUUUGCUCCAAUCUAGAGAAAUCUGUCAUCCUCAAGUCUGGGAACUCUACUGGAAACAGAAUCAAAAGCAUCACACAGAGAACAGCAAUAAUAGAGGGGAAAAAUAAGACUGCUAGCAUAUUAGUUGUGGCUGAAUCCAGGUCAUCUGGAAGCUAUAGCUGCAUAGCCUCGAAUAAAGUGGGAAGCGACAGAAGAAGCAUUAGUUAUUUUGUAACAGAUGUGCCCAAUGGAUUCCAUAUUAACUUAAAGAAAACACCAGUGGAAGGAGAAACCCUAGUAUUGUCCUGUUUAGCCAACAAACUUCUGUACAAAGACAUCACCUGGAUAUUGCCAAGGACAGUUAACCAAAGCAGAAUAAAAAAGCCAGCCACAAAGGAGUACUCCAUUGACCUCACCCUCAUCAUCAAAAACGUCACACUUGAACAUUCAGGCACCUACGCUUGCCGAGCAAGGAACAUGUACACUGGUGAAGAUGUGCGUCAAGAGAAAGACGUUACAGUCAGAGCUCAGGAAGCACCGUACCUGCUUCGGAAUCUCACUGAUCAAGUCAUCAAUACCAGUCACUCUGUUAGUCUGGAGUGUCAUGUCUAUGGUGUGCCAGAACCUCAGAUAUCCUGGUAUAAAAACAACGAACAGAUACAGCAAGAACCAGGUAUAAUAUUGGGGCCAGGGAGCCAGAGUUUGUUGAUUGAAAGAGUACAAGAGGAUGAUGCAGGCCACUACCAAUGUGUAGCUUCUAACCUGAAAGGGACAGUGGAGUCUUCAGCCUAUGUCACUAUACAAGGAAUUUCUGAGAGCUCAAACCUGGAGCUCAUAACAUUGACAUGCACCUGCGUGGCAGCAACGCUCUUCUGGCUCUUAUUAACACUCUUCAUACGGAAGCUGAAAAGGCCUUAUUCUUCCGAAAUAAAGACAGAUUAUUUGUCAAUCAUAAUGGAACCUGAAGAAGUCCCUUUAGAUGAACAAUGUGAACGACUCCCAUAUGAGGCCAGCAAAUGGGAAUUUGCCCGGGAAAGGCUAAAACUGGGAAAGACACUUGGACGAGGUGCCUAUGGAAAAGUAGUACAAGCAAUUGCUUUUGGAAUCAAAAAAUCUACCACUCACCAAGUAGUUGCUGUCAAAAUGCUGAAAGAAGGGGCCACUGCCAGUGAGUAUAAAGCACUAAUGACGGAGCUGAAGAUCUUGACACAUAUUGGUCAUCAUCUCAAUGUUGUGAAUUUGCUGGGAGCUUGCACAAAGAGUGGAGGACCACUAAUGGUGAUUGUUGAAUAUUGCAAAUAUGGAAAUUUAUCAAGCUACUUGAAGAGUAAAAGGGAAUUUUUUUCCAUAAAUAAGGAGGCAUCUGUUCAAGAAGAGCUGAUGACAGAAGAGAAAGAUGUCCAACCAAUCAGCGGUAGGAAGCAAAGGCUAGAGAGUGUCCCAAGUCGAGAGAGCUUAGCAAGCUCAGGGUUUGAGGAAGAUAAAAGUUUAAGUGAUGUGGAAGAGGAAGAGGAGGAUUCUGAUGAUUUCUACAAAUGGCCCCUCACCAUGGAAGACCUCAUCUCUUACAGUUUUCAGGUGGCCAGGGGCAUGGAGUUCCUGUCAUCUCAAAAGUGCAUCCAUCGUGACUUAGCAGCCAGAAAUGUCCUUUUAUCUGAAAACAAUGUUGUGAAGAUCUGUGAUUUUGGCCUUGCAAGAGAUAUUUAUAAGAAUCCUGAUUAUGUGAGAAAAGGCGAUGCACGCCUCCCCCUCAAAUGGAUGGCACCAGAAUCAAUAUUUGAUAAAAUCUAUAGUACCAAAAGUGAUGUUUGGUCAUAUGGUGUGUUGUUAUGGGAAAUAUUUUCUCUUGGGGCUUCCCCUUACCCAGGUGUGCAAAUCGAUGAAGACUUCUUCAGCAAGAUAAAAGAAGGUGUAAGAAUGAAAAACCCAGAUUUUGCCACUCCAGAAAUAUAUCAAAUAAUGCUGGACUGUUGGCAAGGAGAUCCAAAUGAAAGACCAAGGUUCUCACUGCUGGUGGAAAGAUUAGGGGACUUGCUACAAGCUAAUGUGGAACAGGAUGGCAAAGAUUACCUCCCUCUGAACACUAUAUUAUCAGUAAAUGCCGGGUUUGACCAUUCUUGUCUGACAUCCCCUAAUCCUUAUGAGACAAAAGGUGAUUCAGUACCAGCCUUGAAUUAUGCGAGCAAUGAGCCUUUGGGAUAUGCGAAUUCCUCCAAAAUGAAGCCACCACAGAGGGUCAAGACCUUUGAGGAACUGUCACCCAAGAACAAAUGUGGAUGUGAUGCUGACCGAGUAAGCAAUGGAAUAGCUUGGCCUUUGGAAGAGCUGAAACGUUUUACAUGGACAGGAAGUAAACAAAAGCAAACUUUCUCUGGCCUCCAGUCUUCCAAGAAAAGCAAGGAAUUGAUCCUCUGUGACCCAACCAAGCUGAACAUCUACAGUUUCAGCUGUGGCCAUAUCAGUGAUGUCAUUCAGCCUUCAACCUAUAAUGGUUUCACAUGGGAAGGGAAGCCUGUAAAGGGUUUUCCUCCAUCCAGUUAUAACUCUGAAGUUCGAUAUUCCACUCCACCUGUUUAGCAAAGGACUUCUUCCCACUUCUCAAAGCAGCUGCUCAUUGAUGGAGUUGCACUUCUCUGUUAACCCCAUUUAGCAACUGGACAGUGCUUAGAGCUGCUUGCUGAUUCAGUACCAUUAUCUAUGCAAACAAUGAAAGACUUUUUCUCUGAAGCAUCAGAGGCAACUCUCUCUACAAAUUGCAUCUACUCUGGCACACGCUCUCAUCCCACAGCAGAAACGUUAGACCUGUACAACUGGAACAAGGGGAGAGAGGCUUGCUGCAAGGGAAGAAGCCUUUUUGUAAUGUGCUGGCCCUGCUCAGUGUCUCAGUUACACAUUGUUGUACUGGCCCAUAUAAUGCAAUGGAGGAGCAGUGAGAUUAACAAAACAAAAGCUGCUUCCAACCUAUUCCUGAGGACCACUUUGUAUUUCCACGAAAUUUGCCUAUUUCUGCAUAUGACCCCCAUCUUUCCCCAAUAAUCACAACUGCUCAGAGUCAUUCCAAUAAUGGAUACAUGGGUGAUAGUGGGAUAACAAUACUAAACUGCUAUGUUGCCGUAGUGUGUGAAUGGGCAAUUCUGUUGGUCAGCGCACAUCUUUCUUGGAAUGAUCUUUACUAUUCCUUCCCCCCCCCCAAAAAAAAUCUGGGGAUUACUGCAAAAACCUUCAAGAGCUGUUGAGGUAGAUGUGGGGGCAUUACCAGAGUAUAGCAAUUUAGCAAAUAUCACUGGAAAAGUACAACUGCAUAUUAGUGAGCAUUAUAAAAUGAAUUUAUUACAUUAAUAGUAAUGUAUGAGCUUUAGAUUUAAAAUAUUGACCCUAAAUGGGGGGGGGGAACCCCAAACUCUCUCAUCAGGCAAAUAACCGUAAUCUGAAACACUGAUGUCACUCAUUAUAAUAAUGUAAGUUAACAACUUUGAAAGUUGCUGUUGGAAAUGCAUGGGACACUAAUUAAUUUUUACCAAAUUACUUCCAAUAGAAAAUAUUCCACAGGCAAGAAACGAUGUUGCCUCCAAGGUGGGGGGAGGCACAAUACAAUGGCCAAAUGUUUUAGUGAAAAAAGCCUGCAUGGACAAGAGCAGUCACGCAACAUCGCUCUGGGUGGUAGCACUUCAUGAGAGCUAUGUUGCACAACCAAUUUCACAAUCAGUAUAGAAAUAGGUGUAGGAAGGUCUACCCACCUGAUGUGGGGAAACAAUGUCUGUGAUGGCUCUUUGGGUUCCGUGUUUCCCCAGCAAAAUUCUGACCACUUGUUUAUACUUCCACUGACACAGAUUUCCUCCAAAGAAUUCUGGGAAUUUAUUUCUUUAAAGAUCUUGAACUCUCUUCUAGACAGCCUUAAAACCUCCAGACUUAACAUUCCAGUGGACAUAAAAUAGUUUUUUUCACCAGUGGUCUAUGGACAGCUAUGUUCUGUGGAAGCUGGAGUGUAGGGACUGAGGUAAAGUUCAGGAAAAACAAACAAACAAACACAGAUCCUGUUAAAAAGCAAUUAACUGGUUCAUAUAGAGAGAGCAAAAAUUAAGGCAUAUUUAUCAUUAUUAUUAUACAUUUAUUAUUACCCAUAUGCAACACUUUCAAAACUAGUACCAGAACUGCUGCACUGAUGCAGCGCCAUGCUAUGCAGUUCUUUUCCUUUUCUUGGCACAGAAUGCCAGCACUCUAGAAUGAGGCAGUGCUGUAAAACUGAAAACUGCCAUCAUUGCUUAAAAGUGGCCAAAAUGCUGGUGCAGCCAACUGCACUGAAAUGGAGACUAAAGGAUAAGGUGCACAAACAGCAUCUGAGAAUUAACUGGUUUGCCACAGGCUUCUUUGUACACACAUCUUAUUGGCAUCAUAUUAACUGAAAACUGUGGAAUGUUAUACAAUUGUGGAACACAGCAUUCUGAUUAUUUCCAUUCUUUUUCCUCUUUCACGCACUGGGUCCUCAUGACGGUAAUCUAGGGUUGAGUGUUGGCAAGCAACAUUUAACUAUCUAACCCUCCCUUUUAGAGCAGGAGCUGAGCUCCACUGUCCAUUGAUUAAGUGGAACUUAGUACAGUACUUACCUUAGCUGUAUACACUGUUCUUCGCUAUGCACACUGAAAAAACUUUAUAGUCAGCAAAUUAUAUAAUGAAUGCAAUCUGCAGAGCCUUUAUUCAGUGCAAUAUUUGAAUAUCCGUAUCACAUCUUAAUUCUAUUACUUUUUAAACUAAGAGAAUACAGAAUUCUCUAGAUACACACAUCUUUAUUAUAGUAUAGCCUGCUUUUAUAUGCCAGUUCCAAGUGACAACACAGGGAGCAAUUAUCCACCCAACCUGCUACAGCUGCAACUAUGCAUAUAGUAUUCAAAGGCCAGUUAAGAUGUGUCUGAAAGACCUGCUGAAUCCAAUGUUAUUGCUGCUAUCACACAAAUAUGGUAAUUAUUUAGUGCUAAGAGUAUGCUGCUAAAUUCAUUUAUUCUAAGGGAUGGGUAGUAUAAUAGGAACAUUGUUUUGGUUCACCAAUAAACCACAAAGUGAAAUACAGAAUGUUGGUCAUGAUAAAAUUCCAGUGAACACAAUGAAAUUUAAAGGAGGAUCCCUCAAAUGGAUCCAUUGUUUCUCAUGGAACUUUGUUAUAACUAACUGUAGCUGCAUCAAGGCUAACAGAUUGCAGCUAAACCCCACCCCCAACUGGGAAUGGGUUGAUAUAAACAUUUGAGUACAUGUGCAUUUUUACAAUUUUCCUGCUUCUGAAACCUGGAAGCUUGUAAGCACACCAGUCAUCUUUUGAUCCACAAUUCUCUUAUCAAAGACACUGAAGAAAGGAAGAACUAGAGAAUGAAAAGAUUAGCUUCUUCUACAAGGAGCAUAUUAGUAGCUGUAAAUAUACUUUUUUUCCAACUAAAAUCACAUGGUUUUAAUAAACCACCUGAAAUUACUCUUUAAAAUAUUUUUUUUACUAAAGAUAACUGGAUGUAAAUAACGCACAACUGCAGCUAAACUUUUAAAUAUAUUUUCAUGCACAUUUUCUAAACUUUCACAAUAAA